UUACCAUCUGACAUAAUAUAAGUAUGUACGUGUACUGGGAGUUUUUAGUGGCACUCUUUUGCCUGAUCUAGUCUUCAGUGAGUUUUUAGAAAGACGAGGAUUUCCUGCCAUUCCCCAGCACGUCUCCAUUAUCAUGAUCUGCCGGCAUGCUUAGACGUGCUCAAUGAAUCCUAUGUUUUGUAUUUAUUCGGUCACCCAUUCUUUAUAAAAGAAAUGACAUUCAACAAGUCAUAUCUGAAGAAACUGUAUAAUUCCAGCCCUGGAGGUCAAGAACAUCCAACUACCUGAAAUUUGGUCUAUGAAUGGAGAACCCUCUGCUCUGUAAGACACAAACACAGGACUCACGAGUAACUGUCCAUAUUUUUCUAUACACAUCUUAACUUUUGAGUCACUGAUGACUUUUGAGAAGUAAAUAGUUGCCAUAAUAAAGCACCUGUGCUAUUAGAGCAUAUAUUUACAUUGAUCUGAAAGUUGGACUAAUAUUGCUUCCUUGCUGAGAAAUGAUUAUGGGUGCGGUAAGAACGCCAGACCUGCUUGUACAGACAGCCAGUGCCAGGAACUGUGUAUGCAUGACACAGCACUGUAUUAUUUAGUUUUUAGUGUCCCUGCAGAAAGAAAGAAAGAAAGAAAGAAAAAACUGUUAAAACCAGCCUAAGAUGGUUGGUUGGUCUUAGCUGGUUUCCCAGCCAGGUCAUUUGGCUUGUUGUCAGGUUGGGAGACAUCUUAAACCUGCUAAAACCAGCUUGCUUAAGCUGUUAUUUUCAACAGGGGUGAGUGACUAUUAAACAAUAACACAUUGUCAGUAAAGGUCCUUUGUUUUUGUUUUUUAAACUGGCUGCCUGGACUUCACUCUAAUGUUAACCCCCUUAGAGAAGACAGAUUAAAUAUCAUUAAAAUCUGUCUGUUCCAGAAAGCAGUGAACUCUGUCGCUUCACUCUUGAAUUAAACUCUUUCUUCCAUUUUCGUGCACCUGUAACCAAAGCUCAGCUGGAGGUACACCUGCUUAAUCUCAAGGUAGGAAGUUGAGCAAUUCCAACAUACCCACCGGUGUGUGUGUGUGUGUGUGUGUGUGUGUGUAGGCAGUAAAUAUGAUAAAAGCCUUAUCACUUCUCAACUGCAGACCUGGUGACUGUUACAUUAUUUUCACACAGGUUUUGGGAAAGGCAGAGGCUUUAUGGAUGAUUGCUGACAUUUAUUGCUAGAUUUACUUGGGAGAGCAAGACAUUCCUUCACAGACAGAAGAAACCUUUGCAGGGAAGAAAAUGAGAAGACUGAGCUCACUUUGACAGGCACAGAAAAAGAGAUUCAAGCCUUGGUUCAUGGUGAGGUUUGGAAGUAUGUCCUACAGCGACCAGACCCUACCCAGCCCAAGCAGAGGCAGCAGCAGUAGCAGUAACUCUGGGGCACAGUAUGCUACUGCCACGCUGGGUGUGGGCCUCAUAGCCCUAGGGAUUGUCAUGAUUGUGUGGAGCGUGGUGCCGUCAGGGUCAGCUGGGAAUAGCUCCAGACCAGGCAUUGAGCCUAGUCAAGUUCGGGACACCUCAUCCGUGGCUUUUGUGCUGGUCGGAGGAGGCAUUGCUUUGCUGUUGCUCUCUGUGUGUCUGAGCAUACGGAACAAACGGCGAGCGUCCAGGGGACAGGAAGCCAGCAACGCAAACGCACAGGAGAGGGCUAUGGCGGAGCAGUUAGCUCAGAGUUACAUGGUUCCCAGUUAUGAGGAGGUGGUUGAGAGUGGUCAGUACCCCAUCAGUCAGUCAUCUCUGCGGAACAACAGCACCACCCAGCUUCCAGCCUAUGAGGAGCUUAUGGAACAUCAACUUGCCUUGGAAGAUGGUUCAAACCAGGCACGCAGACAUUCUUCUCAAACCGACCCCAGCACUGGAGCGGGCGGCCGCAGAAAGAGCCAUCCCGGUAGCAAGCUGAUUCCCCUAAAAAUGCGAUGCAUCAAAUCAGAGAAUAUAAGAAGGAAGAGCUUAAGUGAUGCCCCACAGAGCUAUGUGUUCACCAUCGAACCCCUCACACCACCCCCACAUUAUGACGAUAAACCUCCACCACUACUUCCAAACAAACCACAGUAAGAAGUGUGCCUACUUCCAACAUGAAACACUCUAGUACAGAAUUGCAAAUUCCUUACUGCAUGCUACUUCUCUAAACAAAAAUGUGGUACUGUCUGAGGAUUAUGGAAGUGGUAUAGUAGUGUGUGAAUGUAAUAGGUGUCUCUGGUUGCUCUGUUUUACAUUCCCAUAGAAUGGAGAGUCUUCAUGUUGUCUUCCUAUCUUUGCUGUACAUUUCUUGUUUUGCAAACUUAGUUGUCAUAUGACAGAGCAGAUGAUGGAAAAGCCUGUCAAACAGCAUUUAAUGGUGAUCCUACAAUUGGACUGAAACUGAACUGGACUUUUGACAACUGUUUACUGAACAACUGCUGGUAUUGUUAUAGAAAACUUUACAGCCCACAGGCCUGUAAUGUUAUUGGUGGUAAACUUGAAAUUCAGCAUUCGAGCUGUCCAGACCUUUCAUAGGGCCAAGAAUGAUCAGAUGUCAAACUGUGAAUCUCAUCAGCACUGUUUUUUUUUUUUUUUUUGCACUAAAGUGUGUUUGUGUGUGUGUUCUGUGGCUGCUGGGUGUGAGUGCUAAUGAUGUUUUUGUAUUUUCCAUACAUUUACCUGUAGUAUGUGUGUUUGCUGUAAAGGGUUAGUUCACAAAAAGAAAACGGGGAAAAAAAAAGAAAAAACACAUUCUGUGCAACAACGAAAGUGAAUGUUGACUGUUGUUGUCAGUCGCAAACGUUCUACAUUACAUCUCUGAUUGUGUUACACAGCAGAAAGUCAUAUGGGGUUGGGAGAAACAUUGAGGGAAAGUAAAUUUAUGGGGUGAAAUAUCCCUUUAAUUUGCUAAGUUUUGUGAAUGAUUGCUCUUAUUCUGGGCCUUGUUGCUAGAGUGUCAGACUGUGAGGUCAUCAUUAUGUAUAUUUAUCCAUGGCUUACUACAUAGAGAGGCUUUUUGACCCUGCAGCUGCCUGCUAUAUCACACUCUCACAAGCACAUAUACCCAGACAAAGAGAGUUCCUUGUCUCCCUAUUUCACAAACUUGUAUGCACAAACACUCAAUCUUUUCAUUCCUUUAUUUAUUUAUUUUAUUUUUUUUUGAUUUGUGUGAUGAGAUCUGUGUUUCUCACAGGGCUGCUGUGGCAUCUGCCCCUAGUGAGUUCAAGCUCCCCGUCAUCUCUGUUCACUUAUAUUAGCUGCGUUAAACACUCCUGAAUUUUCACAUCAGCAUACAGACAUAUCUGCAGCUGGUUAUCAUUUAAAACAUUUUCAUUUUCUGGAUUUUUUUGCUGAUGAAACUACAGUUCAGUUGGCGAAUCUCAUUGUGCAAUUUAAUGAUCUGUCUUGUGUUUUUGUGCUGAUUUAUUUUAUUUUGUAAUAUAUGAUAUUUUCUAUUGUAAUCUAUUAUUGUAUGAGAAAUAAAAAAGGUUUGGUAUUAACAUCAAUUUUAUCUAAUAUGUAAAAAAAAUAAAAGGUAUCAUCACACUGGAAAAUAGUGCGUGUGUGUGUGUGUGUGAGAGAGAGAGAUAAUUCCAUCUUUUAAAUAAUUUCCUCUGCU